CACGACCUAACGAUACAUGACUGUUCCUUCGUUGACAAUGUAGUCGGACGGUUUAUCCGUUGCCAGAAACUUUUCAAACAUCCACCUUGUGUACCUACGGAAGUGCAGUUCGAUAAUAACUGCGAGGUAUGCACUCGACCGGAACAAAAUGGAGUUUGUGAUCCUGGAUACAAGUGCUCAGAUGUGGCAGCUGGGAAUCAAUAUUUUUAUUGCUAUUAUACACGAAUUAAUGGUUGGGAAGAAUAUAGCAACCAGUAUAACAUUGCAGCAUGGGAAACAGCUAACCAUUCAGGCCCGUUACCUCUUAUCUCUGCCAUCUGUGUGUACCAGAGAAAUCAGACAGGCAAAACAGCAUAUGGCUACCCAGCCCUGAAUGUGAAUGUUAAUGUCCCAUACUUGCUGUUAAGGUCUGGAGUACAAGAAGAUGUGGCACCCAAGUCUAUGCGGAUGGUGUUUUCCAGCGUGGAGCACAUAGAACACAGGGACUCAUACUACUAUGACCAUCAUAUAACACGGUUCUUCAGAUUCGAUAACUACCGCCCAACGACUCAUGAUCUCUUAAACCCGAAACAGUUGAAAUUCAAGUGUCUUACGGGCCUGGACAUCUGUGGAGCAGUACGUGUGUAUAGGAUUCAGCUAACUGCAUAUGCUCCAAACAGAUCACUCUAUAUUGAGCAGAACUUCACAGCAACCACUUAUAUGGGUGUUGAAGGAUGGUAUCCAGUAAUUGCUACAGCUAUUUUACCAAAGAACGGUGUCUAUGUGGUAUUUUCUCCAAGAGAUUCUCCUGGCAAAUUGACAAGUGUAACAUAUGAGAUCUUUCUGAAGGGAGAAGAUGGAAAUAGGAAAACAAAUGUUUCCACCUUCAUGGAAUAUGCUCAGAAAUACAGUUGUACGUUCACUAAUGUAAAACCAGGUACCUACAGAGCUCAGCUCCUAGUGAAAUACACAGAUUUGACAAAGAAGAAAUCUACAGUUUUAGAGUAUCAAUCUGCUAGUUUGAUGAUCCGAGGAGAUACAAGUAUUGCACCGUUGGCCUCUACUAAACUUGACCAUGAUAAAGACUAUGUGUGGCCCAUUGUUGUGAUAGGAGCAAGUAUGGCAAUAGCAUGUAGUUUGUUACUUUUGCUGUUUUGGCAAAGUCAAAAUAAGGACUUCUUAAAAGAAGUUUUCAAGAGGCCAAGAAAUCGUCAGGACUCCAAAAAAAAGAAAUUCCUGUUAUAUCUGAGGGAAGCUGAGAAAUAUGUGCCUUGCAUAACACAAUUCCUGAAUAGAAAAGUGGAGGUGGUAUGUGAUAAGGAUUGGGAGAAUGAGCCAACAUGUCCCUUAGAAUUGUUUAAAGAGAAAGUGAAGCAAUGUUCACAUUUACUGAUCCUGUGGUCCCAAUCAGCUCCACGUGUCAUGUCUAAUCCCGGUAUCACAAGUCAAACGGAGAUAAAUGCUCGCUCCACAGUUCAGGAUUACUUCAAGGAAGCAAUUAACUUUUCCAGGGACUUGAGUAACACGGGUGAUUUGAAAAUUGUGGUCCUAUACAUUCCUGGAUAUGCAGAUAGGAGUACAGUUACAAAUGUUGGGGAACACCAGAUUUAUGAUCUGACACACGACUGUAAACAACUUUUGAAAUAUCUCACUGAGGAUGAAUCAGAGUUAAAUGAAGUGAAUGAUAAUGCAUUACAGAAUGACAUCAUGGCAAUUCUUAAUCCUCCACAAGAUACCGUGGAAAAUGUGAAUGAAGGGCAGGAAGAGACCAUUAAACCGCUAAAUCCUCCAUGUCCUGUUCAUUUCCCAAAUGGAUGUUAUCCGUUGUGUACCCCAACUCAGCCACCCCAGCCCUCUAAAUUCCCACAGGUACACGAAAAUAUUCCAAGGAAUAUAUAUUCGAGGGAUCCUUAUCAGAAUAGACCUCAGGUAUAUGAUCCUUCAUUAGUGGAACCAUUUUUAGAUAAGGAACAGGAAGAUCAGGGCUACUCGAGCAAUAUUGAGAAGCUGUUUCUUUCAUUGAUCUCUGAAAAAGAUAUUGCAGAUUGUUGAUGUGUACUGGUGGUGUAACAAUAUUCAUAUAUGCUUUAUAGAAUACAUAACUGACAAACUACAGCUUCAUUUUGAAUUUGUUUAAAAAAUGUGCAAAUUCUUUGUUUACUUGAAAGGACCAAUCAGAUAAACUGUACAAAUUUACAUUUUUUUUCCAAAUUUAAUAUCAGUUUCAUGACAAGUCAUCAUUUUCUUGUUAGGAUAUCUGGUUAGAUAUGGUGAUUAAAAACUGUAAAUUUUUCUGUCGUAGUACUAAUGAUAAUCAGCAUUCAUUAUUUUGCUAGUUUUGCAACAUGGACUGCUUACGUACUGAAUGUAUAUUUGAAGGCUAUUGUUUCUCUAACCUAAAGUUAAUAUAUCCCUGUCAAGUCUCUCUCUUUGAUUGGCAUUACAGAUUAGAUGUACAAAUAAAUUUGGCCUGGUUGUCCUUUUACCAACGAGGGUGGUUGGGUGGCGCAGUGGUAAUGCUCUCCUUUCACCUAGCCGUCCGGGUCCGAUUCCUGAACGGACGUGCAAAGGUAAGGGGUUACCUGCCCGACCACGUGGGUUUUCCCCGGGUACUCUGGUUUCCACCCACACUAACACCACCAUGAGUGAUUAAUAUAAGUUGGAAAAACUUGCUUGGCAAUAAUUGUAAAAUAAAUGCAGGCAUAAUUCUGGCAAUUCCCCACCUAAGGUAUUAUUUUUUUCCAAUAAUUAUGUCAUUUAAUUUUUAUAGUGGAUUUUAAGUUUGAUGUUGGAAAAUAAAAUGUUGGAAAUUAAAAAGUCAUCUUUUGGUUAAAAAGAUGACCUCGUUCAAUUCAAUUAUGUGUUGAGUCAUUUGUGGAGCAGGUAUAAAUAAAGUUUAUUAAUAUUAUAAUGAAAUAGAUUUAACCAUAUCAUUUCAAGUUCUCUGUUACCAUUUUCAGUGAGGUUAAGAUGUUAUGUUUUUUCAAAGCAGGAAUUUGUGUCAUAAAAUUUACAGCAUGUACUGUAUGUCUGGACAUUCUCUGAUGUAGCGACACUAUGUUAUAUGUAUUUUGGUACUUUAGAUGUAAUUAGAAAUUAAGCAGCAAAUAUGUUUCAUUCCUGUGAUGGAAUAUAGGAUAUUUACUUUAAAAAUGUACUUUUGACUUUUAAGGUGGUGUUGUGUUACAGGUACACUGUUAACUAACACUCCUGUACAAGUCAUUAUCGAAAAAAUUUUUAUAACGAAAAAGACCUGAAGUUGAUCAUCUCAAAUUAAGAUAAUUAACAACAAUUAUAGUAAAGCAUUAUGGUAAAGUCUGUGUCAGGAAUGUUAAUUAAUGGCCGUAAUUAAGUCAUGAUGUUGAAAUGGCGAAAAUAAGAUGCAGGUAAAAAACAUUGGAUUGAAGUACAUGGAUCUGAAAAAAAAAAUCUCUUGAAUUCAAUAUGAAACAUUGAUUUAAACAGGAACUCAGCUGUUAGUGUAGAUCUGAUUGUCAUAAUUGAUGGGCUAUUUUAUUUAUUGUAAAAUUAUGAAUUUCAGGAGAUCACACAUUUCUUGAUUAAAAGGGAACACACACAAAAAGUUUUAUCAUAACUUUUUAGUUCAUUGAUAAGUGCACAAGAAAUCUACUUAUAUUUUAAACUCAUUCAUGGUCAUAUUAGUUUCGGAUUAAGAACACAGUAAUUGAUAUAAUCAGGAAAAAUGAUUAAAUGUGUACUUUACAAAAUUAAAGUUUUUUUCAUUAUACAUUGUCUAGUAGUUGU